AUGGGGCUUUUUGAAAAGAUUAAAUCCAGUGUUGAGAUGUGGAAGAUAGAAAAAUAUACCAAGCGUCGACCAGUGAAUGUUCCUGACUUUGAGCAGAAAGACCGAGAGUUUUAUCGUCAACAUUAUAAAGAUGGCGUCUAUCUUCAUCAUCAAUCAGGAACAGCGUCAGGAGAUUCAUUUAAAAGAAAGACUUCAUUACUACGUACAAGGAGUGAAAGAAUAGUGCGCUCAUCCGAAAAUUACAAUAGUUCCUAA